CCCGCGGCGUGUGACCUCACAAACGACCGGCCUCGCUGGCGAGUCUGCUCCUCCCCAGCGGAGCCAGACGCCCGCGGCUCGGUGCUCCCUCUUCCGCCCGCAACCAUGAAGGGGACCCCCAGCUCCCUGGAAACCCUGCUGUGGGUGUACCACUUCCACAGCUCUACGGAGGUGAGGCUGCGCCCGCGGCCCCGCGCUCCCCGCGCACUGUCCCCGGCCCCGACGGCCCCGCUGUCCCCGCUCCCCCUGCUCCGUGUCCAGGUGGCCCUGCAGCCCCCGCUGCUGUCCUCCCUGGAACUCGCCGUGGCCUCAGCCCACGAGUAUCUGGAGCAGAGGUUCCAAGAGCUUGAGUCCCACCGGGAGCCGCAGGGGCCGCCCGCCCCGACGCCCACCCUGAGGCUGGUGCUCAGAGAGGCCGCGGCCAGCGUCGUGAGCUUCGGCGCCACAGUGUGUGAGGUGGGGCUGGGGGGCUGCGGAAGGAGGGGGCACGGGGGCACGGGCCCCCACAUCCCCCAACCCCUGCACCCCCCACGGCAGAUCUCAGCCCUGUGGCUGCAGCAGGAGGCGCGGCGACUGGACGGCGGCGCCGGCUGUCCGGGCCCAGCCCCGGGCGCGGGGGACCCGGGCGCAGCGCUGAGCCGGCUAGCCCAGGCCGCGGGGCACGGGGUGCGGCAGGCGGGGGCCGCGGUGGGCGCCAGCGCCCGGCUGGUGCUGCAGGGGGCGUGGCUGUGCCUGUGCGGGCGGGGCCUGCGGGGGUCCUCCUCCCUCCUGCAGCACUGGCGGCGCCCGCCGGGCCUCGGGACCGAGGGAGGACCGAGAUACUCAGGAGGCCUCGAGGUGGCGUCCAGCAGCAGCGCGGAGGACGGGGGACCCGAGCACCCACCGCCGCCCCAGUCCCACCCCACGCUCAAAUAAAGCCCAGGAGGGCGCGGACCCCCGAGCUGCUCCCGGUGUCGCCUGCCCGGCUCCUCUCGCGUGCUCCUGACUCCGCCUCCGUGUGUGCCUGGCCCCGCCCCCGCGUCCCCCCCGGGUUGCCCCGGGACC